AGUAAGCAUCCCCCGAAGGACACAAUCGUCAUUUCACAUAAAACAUUUCAACAGUUUACGUUACAAUGUAAGUUUACUUCAAUGAAUCUACAUCCAGCAAAGGAUACAACUGUAGAAGAGAGGAAUAUUGGCGAAGGAAAGGAAUCAAGUUGCUCUGUAGAAGAGAGGAAAAAUGGGGCUACUUUCCAACAGGGUAACUAGGGAGAGCCUGAAAGCAGGCGAUCAUAUUUAUUCUUGGAGAACUGCUUAUAUAUAUGCUCAUCACGCUAUCAAUGUAUCCCUCCCCUAAAAGUAGGCCUUUGACAGGCUACAUGCCAGACUUAAGCUUCGAAAUUUUAGUAGGCAUUUAUGUUGGUGAUGACAAAGUCGUCCACUUCACCAGACGUGGACAAGAAGUAGGAACCGGUACCGUUCUCGAUGUUCUCCUCACCAGUUCCGGCCCGGCCAGAUCCCGAGAAAUUUGCCCAAGUUGCACAACAGCCCAAGACGAGCAUGGUGUCGUCGUCUCAUGCAUGAAUUGCUUUCUAUCCGGCGGUGUCUUAUAUCGUUUUGAGUAUGCCGUCUCCCCAGCUCUCUUCCUCGCAAAAGCACGCGGUGGAACAUGCACUCUUGCAGUCUCUGAUGACGACGAUACCGUAGUUCAUCGAGCUAAGUAUUUGCUCGAAAACGGCUUCCGUUGCUAUAACAUAUUCAAGAGCAACUGUGAAGACUUCGCCAUUUAUUGCAAAACCGGACUCGUGGUUAUCAACGAAGGAACAAUCGGGCAGAGUGGUCAAGCAGUUUCCAUCAUAGGUGGACCUCUUGCUGCUGUUCUAUCUACGCCACUUCGUCUAGUGACUACAAAUGUUUAUGGAAUGGCGGCAACUGCGGUCGGAGUUUACUGUGCUAGUAGGUAUGCUGCUGACAUCGGAAUGAGGAGAGAUGUUGUGAAAAUACAAGUGGAAGAUUUGACAAGUAGGUUGAAUAUUGGUUUACUGCAAGUUGUUGAGCCUCAAAUUUCAAUGAAUCUUGCACCUCAAUCUACUCGGAUUAUUAGUCAAUAAUCAAAUAUGCUUUGUAUAAUUGUAUGUUUUGCUUUGAAUUUCAAGUAUAUGGCAGUGAUAUUUUAAGCAUCUGGGUGUUUAAGCAAUUUGAAAUAUUUUUAGUAGUUUGAAUUUGUAUAACUUACAAGAUAUUUGAGUUAAUUUACAAGUCAUUGUUUUCA